UGAGAAUUGUGUGGAUGUCUCAUAAUCCGUGGCUAUCUAGUGAAGACUGAAGAGGGCGAGUGGUUCUCUUGGUCCCAAUUAUCCAUUCUUGUACUUCAUAUUUCCAAUCCUCAACCACCACAACCAUCUCUGCUCGUUAAACUCUAACUCACUCACACAUACACACAUUUAACUUACUGGUUACUGCUAUCCAAAUAUGUCAUCAGCUGUGGUUGCAGGUUCUUCCUCCUCUUGCACUGCCACCUUCACUAGGAACAGCUCCAUCAAAACUUCUUCAACAACACCUGCAAAGCCAUUCUUCAUAUCAUCUAAAUGCCAGAAAACCGCCUUCCAAGGCCUCUCACUCCAAGAGGCCAAAAGGGGUGUCUCGGAUUCCUUCAUAGCUGAGAAUAGAAGCAGUUUCGCAAGUGUUGUAAGAAGAGGGCUUGAGGUCACUGCAAGAACUACUGGGGCAUCAAAGACCAUUGAGGCUGAGGUUGACAAGCCACUAGGCCUCACUUUGGGUCAAAAGCCUGGGGGUCGUGUUAUCAUUAGUGCUGUAGAUGGGGGUGGGAAUGCAGCAAAAGCAGGACUAAAGGCAGGUGACCAAGUUCUAUACACUAGCAGUUUCUUUGGAGAUGAGCUAUGGCCAGCUGAUAAGCUGGGAUUUACAAAAACUGCUAUCCAAGCAAAGCCAGACUCUGUCUACUUCGUUGUUAGCAGAGGUGCUGAAGUAGAUGUUAAGAAACUACAAAAGCGUCCAGCUCCUCCCCGCUUUGGAAGAAAAUUAACUGAUGCUCAGAAGGCUAGAGCUACUCACAUAUGCCUUGAUUGUGGAUAUGUAUACACUGUACAGAAACCUUUUGACGAGCAGCCGGAUGAAUAUGUAUGCCCUCAAUGUAGAGCACCAAAGAAGAGGUUUGCACGGUAUGAUGUAAACAGUGGAAAACCAAUUGGAGGUGGGUUGCCUCCAAUUGGGGUCAUCAUUGGGCUGGUGGCUGGUAUUGGUGGAGUUGGAGCAUUGCUUGUUUAUGGUCUUCAAUGAUUCUUUUUUACUAUUGCCUUCCGAUUACAAACCCAUUGUUCUCCUCUCCAAAUCAAUCAGCCUGGUUGAUAUAAUGUUAAAUUCUGAACUGUAUGCCAAGAUUCACUCUUUGGAGCCUUUGUAUGUGUCUUAAAAUGAACUGUAAAUCUAAAGGAUGUGCUUGAAAUUAGAAGAAUCUCCAGGAGCAAGAUUUGUGACCGUUGCAUUGAUUGCAA